AUGAACCCGUCGCUCCUGGCUUGCCUGGUGGCCUGUUUUGUGGGGGCCUGGGCCCCUGCUGUCCACACCCAAGGUGUCUUUGAGGACUGCUGCCUGGCUUACCACCGCGGUGUCAGGUGGGCUGUGCUGCGGCACGCCUGGGGUUACCAGCGCCAGGAGGUGAGUGGGAGCUGCAACCUGCCUGCUGUGAUAUUCCAUUUCCGCAAGAAAAACAGGAUGGUGUGUGGCGACCCAAAGAACAAAGACGUGCAGAAGGCCAUGAGGUUUCUGGAUACACGCAAGACCCGCCCAAAGCUUCGCCACAUCUGGAUGCCCUUCCAAGGCUUUCACGCUGGGAAGAAGUUGAGUUCUGGAACCUCCAAGCUACCAUUGUCCAAGUUGAGUGACCCCACUGGCAGUGGGAAGAAGAACACCUCUCUCCCAGCAGCAGCGAAUCUAGGUCCCUGA